AUUCGUCGCAGUUCACGGACGACGCACACAGCCUCAAGUCUAUGUGUGGCCCUUUUGUGGAUGGAGGUAAACUGGCUUGAGCCUUGUUGUACCGCGUGACUCAAUCGAGAGACGUAUUAAGUUACUGCAUAGUAAAUUACCAUAUACAUGUAAUUUAUAUGUGUGCAAUCUCGAGCAGUGAGUACAGCUAGUAAAUGAUGCAUCUUUUUGUUGUAUUAAACUUCGAAAGUAUGUGUAUUUAGUAGUUGCACCUCGAAGCAUAGUUCAGCAGAUUGUAAAAAUUGGAUAAGGAACCGUCGACGAUUAUCCGCAUCGAACGUGCAUAGCGUUCACUUACUUGCUACUCUCGAAACUUAGAAUAUAAGUUUGGUAAAACAUGUAUAAUAAUACAUUAGAUCCAUGGGAGUCAGGUUAUGCUCCUGACAGAGGACAAACUGACCAAUCAGAUAUGGAUUAUCACAGAGCAAAUAAAAACAGUCAAUCACCGGACUAUGAUAAUGAUAGUGAAAAAUCGAAAGAUUAUCGAAGCCCCGAUUAUAGAAGCCAUAGUCCUGACUAUAGGAGUUACAGAAGGGAAAGAGAUAGAGAUAGAUCUCGUGAAAGAAAAGACAGAAGCAGAGAAGAUCGUGACAGGCACCGAGACCGUGAAGAUAGACACAGACGUUCUAAAGAACGCGAUGGUCAAGACAAAGAUAGGGAUAGAGAUCGAGACAGAGACAGGGAUCGUGAUAGGGAACGACGACGAGACAGAGACAGGAGAUCCAAAAGGGAUGACAGAAAUCGAGAUGAAGAUAGUCAUGACAGUCAUGAAUAUGAAUAUGAUAAUUCACGAGGAUACUCUUUAUCAAUGGAAGGAGUCCAUUAUAAGUCCCAAGUACCAAAUAAUACAAUCAUGAUUAGAGGUCUUGCUCAGCACAUCACAGAAACUGAAAUUCGAGUUGAUAUAAUGAAUUGUAAUUUAGUACCCAGAGAUAUCAGGCUCAUUAGGAAAAAAGAUACAGGUGCUUCGCGAGGUUUCGCAUUCGUCGAGUUUAGCUCAACACAGGAGGCCACACAAUGGAUGGAGAUGAAACAGGGUGUUUUGAUGCUGCAAGAUCAAUAUAGAGCCUUGAUGCAGUACAGUAUCCCUAAGGAUGGAGACAAAGUUAAUAAAAACAUUGCAGAUUGGCACUGCGUGAAGUGUGGAGCUCAUAAUUUCAAGCGACGUGAAACAUGUUUCAAGUGUGCAGCCUCACGAGCUGAAAGCGAAGAGGGUGGCGAAGGGUGCGAUGAGAUAAGUUCACACCCUACCAGUACAGUUAUGCUUCGUGGUUUGGACGUACUUUCUACAGAAGACUCGGUUCUACAGGCUAUUCAGGCAGUAGCAUCUUCGCAAACAAUCCGAAGUAUCCGGAUCGCUCGUGAUGGAUUAACUAAUACUUCACGUGGUGUUUGUUACCUGGAAAUGGCUAAUGUUGUUGAUGCUAUGUAUCUCUACUCAGCUUUGACCAAACAAGGCCCUCUUGAAAUUGACAACCGCAAGAUUGACGUUGCAUAUUGUAAACUCAAUCAACCGCAAGGACAAGAAUGGGGAGUUAGUGAGUGCGCACAGCGCUACACUCUAGAUGAUGUAGCUAAUUUGGCUGAAUACAGUGCGAGUCUGUAUGCCAAAACGCCAGCGCAAAAAGCGCAUUAUUUACAGUAUUACACCCAAUACUAUCAGGCACAGGUUGUUCAAGGCAGUGCAAUUACUUUACCAUCUCACAAUCAGACCGACCGAGUUAAUGCUGCUGCGGCAGUGGCCCAAUCGGCUAUACAACAGUUACACGCACAGCGCAAGCUAGGCGACGUUGAAGAAAUUCGUGCUCGCCCAUCACCGCCAACCGCUCCUACAAGUACUUCGCUAGCGACAGGUCGCGUGCCACCUCAUUCUAGCGAUGGUAAAGCUUACUCGGUUCCCGAUGUCAGCAGUUACCAUUACGACGAAAGUUCUGGCUACUAUUAUGAUCCUAGUACUGGACUUUAUUAUGAUCCCAAUUCACAGUACUAUUACAAUAGUCAUACUCAGCAAUUUCUCUAUUGGGAUGUUAAGUCAUAUUCAUAUAAACCAGUUCAAGGGCCAACACCAACGAGUGAUUCUGGUGGUGCAUCAGAAAUCAAUAAUACUGAUGAGACAAAAAAGAAAGAAAGCAAACAAGAUAAAGUCAAAGUAGCAAAGAAAAUAGCCAAAGACAUGGAACGCUGGGCAAAAACUCUUAACCAGAAAAAAGAAAGUGCGAAAAAUAACUGGCCGAUGGAAGGUAGUGCUGGCAACGGUAGCUACGGCGAACAAAGCAUGGUUACUGGUGCCGCCGAUGCUGGAUAUGCCAUUCUGGAAAAGAAAACUAACUACAGUACUUCGGCGAUGGCCUCAAGCGCAUCUACUUCAGCUUAUCAAGAGGAAGAUGAGUUUUCCGGAGGAAAUGGUUUGGUCGCCGCUUACGGUGGUAGUGAUACUGAUGACGAAAUCGAAGAUGUUGGUCAGGAAGAUCGACAACACACCGAUUGGAGUAAACUCGCUUGUUUGCUAUGCAAACGACAAUUUCCUAGCAAAGAAGCUCUUCUCAGGCAUCAGCAGCUCUCUGAUUUACACAAACAGAAUCUUGAAAAUUGGUACAAAGUUCGUGGCCUUGAUCCUCAUGACCCUCAGCAGAGAAAUAAUAAAUAUCGUGAUCGUGCCAAAGAACGUAGAGCCAAGUAUGGAGAGCCUGAGCCACCACAACCAAAUAAAUUGAAAGAAAAAUAUCUCAAGUCCAGAAAUGAUGAGGUAUCUAAAACUUAUGAAGAACCUACAAGAGCUGGUAUUGGAUCAGACAAUGUAGGUAAUAAACUUCUGCAAAAAAUGGGUUGGAGUGAAGGUAUGGGGCUUGGCAAAGCAAAUCAAGGUAGAACUAAUAUAAUUGAAGCUGAACGCCGCGUAGCCACCGCUGGCUUAGGCGCUAAAUCUUCUACUUACAAUGCAUUACCCGGUGAUACUUACAAGGACUGUGUAAAGAAGAUGAUGUUUGCGCGCUAUCAAGAACUCUCUGACUAACACUUACGAUCAAGCUUUUUUUAAGGCAAUCUUUUCAUUUGUAUACAAAGAUCGAUAAUGAUACCUAUCAUUUGAAAUUUUUACUAUUCCAUGGGGAUUUAAAAUUGUUUUUCAACAAAAUGUAUAUAAGAAUGAUAAUCAACUUGAAUGCUUUAUACUAUAGGAAUUUAAAUUAUUCAAUAAAUUGUAUAUUAAGAAUUGUCAUAAAUUUUAUUGAAAAUUUCAAAAAAAAAUUUUUUACUCGAUUUUAUUUUUUGCUGGCUUUUCACACUUAUGUAAUAGAAGUUGUAUUACAAAUAUGAAAGAAAUAAUAUUUUUACAAUUUUUUUUACAAUUA